ACGCAGACUUGCUAGACAUUACUGCUUGGACAACAAGUCCAUUUUGCUUGUCUGAAAAGUUAAAAUCCAAAACCCUAAGACCAUAAAUCAAAACCUCUGAAACCUCAUCGUCCUCUCACCUUCGAAGCUCUCUCUCACACUCUCUCUCAUUCUAUAUAUAUAUAUAUUGUGUAUAUAUUAUCAAUGGCAUUUACUGGAGGGCGAUUCAAGGAGCUAUUCAAGAAAUACGGCAAGGUCGCAUUGGGCGUGCACUUCUCAGUCUCAGCAGCCUCUGUCGCAGGCCUGUAUGUCGCUAUCAAGAACAAUGUCGAUGUCGAAUCGAUGCUCGAAAAGGUCGGUAUGGGAGGUGUCUCCACCACCAAAGCAGAGGAACCCAACACCCAGCAACUGCCCCAAACAAAUUCCGAGAUGACCAAUGGGUACAUUCUCGAUGAAGCACCGCGAGGUCAGGAAACUACGACGGCGACUAAGAAGAGGAAUCGGACGGCUGAGUUGGCUGCUUCUAGUGGUGGGGCUCUCGCUCUGGCUGUUCUUUGUAAUAAGGCUCUGUUUCCGGUUAGGGUUCCGAUCACUAUCGCUCUCACGCCGCCGAUUUCGAGGUUCUUAGCGAGGCGUCAGAUUAUCAAGAACAGUGGUAUGGUUUAAUUGAUAUUAAGACCAACGGGAGUGCUAUGGAGAUGCGUGGAAUCAUGAUUUUGAUCACUUGAAGCUCCAUUUGCCAAUGAUUCAACUAUGGAAGGAUUAAUAAUGUGAUCUGAUGUUUACCUAAUGCUACUUGUUUUAUGUAUGAUCUCACAAUGACUUGUCCCUUCCCAUUGCCGCGCAGCUUGAUCCUUUUUGAAUCUCACAGCCCUUUAUGGAAGUGUUUUUUUAAUUUUUUUUUUUCACUAGAGCUUUUUGGUGCUUUCCAUCUUCUCAUCGAGACAGUGAGAGGUUGUGAAGCUCGGCGGACUACUAUAAUCUUUUUUGCUUGAGCCAUCAGACUCAGCUAUGGAAUAUGAUAUUUAUGUGUUCAUCA